AUAUUAUAGAUACUGAUGAAGAUAUGAGUCUUGCUAUCGAGACUAGUAAGAAUAUUAGUUUCAAAGAUAAUUGUGUUAUUGUUGAUAAUAGAAAUACAGAUUUUAUCAUUAAUAGUAAUGAAGAUAUUAGCUUCACUUUUAAUGAUAAUGAAGAUAUAAGUUUUACUGCUAAUAAUAAUAAAGAUAUUGCUAAUAAUAAAAGUAUAAAUCCUACAAUUGAUUCUAAAGAAAAAAAAGAUGAUGAAGUAGUUGCAGUAGUUUGCAACAUUUGUAAGCAAAAAUGA